CUACUCACUGAGGGAACACUGAUACAGUUUCCAAACAGCUACUCGCCCUCCUCCGAUACCGUCCCCACAGCCCAUGAGAAGCGCAACCUCGCCGGUCCCCGCGCGCACCCAGCACGACACCUGGAACUCUCGCGGGAGGCUCUCAUGACGCCUUCGAACGAUGCUUCAUCGUUUAGAAGCCCCGCCAUGUACGACUCGGCCGCGUCAAUAAGGCUGCCCAAGCGGGGAGAGUCGCCUACCGGCAUGGGGAGAUCCACUACUCUGCCCUCACGACGUUCGAACUCGUCCCUCCAUUCACUAUACGCCUCGACCAUAAGAUCCUCUACAUCCAUCCCAUCCUCUGGGUCUGCCACCCCCACCGCGUCAGUCAUCCCGGGCUCAGUAUUCUCUCCCGGAAGGCAGAAUGGCACACAAUCCCCCAUGAAUGCGCCAGUUGGCGGGUCGGACGAACUGCGGAGUCUCAUAUUGCGCGGGUUUGCGCCUCACGUCGCCGUGCAUACCUCGAAGGAUGUUGACGAUAUCAUGCAUGAGAAAGGGUUUUCUGGAGGAUUUCUGGAGCUGCUGAGGCCAUUUGGAGAGUCUAUACCUGGAAAGGUCGCCAUGAUAGACAGCGUACGAGUGACUAGGGCUUGGGGCGAUUUUGCGAUACGCUUUGUCGCGCCCACGGAUGGCUUCAAAUCACAGGCAGUCCCCGGGAGGAGUAGUUUGGAAGGAACAAAUGGCACUCGGGAGAGCGGCAGGCCGUCAUCCCACACAAUACGUACCGGUGGAGAUCUUGGUCAAAUCGAGGAGGUUGUAGAACGGCAUUUGCAGUACUCUGAGGAGUAUUCCAACAGCCCUGUCGAGGACUACUUGAACCAUAAGACUGCAUCUCAGCCAGCGGAGACUUCGGAAUCACCGUUUUAUACCCUUUUCCUGAAAAGAACACUCUCUGGCAUUCCCCUCGUCCCAUUCGAGACCUUUUCUCACCCAGUAUCUUGUGUCCUUGCCAUUAGUUCCCGACAUCCGUCGCCGAUAGAGGAGCUGCGACGGCUUUACAGUUCGACGUCUGGAGGAGAUUACAGAUUGCCCCAGUGGGUCCACCAGGAUUAUCUCCGAUACUAUGUUCUCAUUCACGAUGAUGAAGAAGGGGAUAUCGCCAAGUCCAACACCCUCUUCGAACAGAUGAAGCGGCACUUCGGGCUUCACUGCCAUCUUCUUAGACUCAAACCUAAUCGUUGUAUCCCUUCGGAUGACGAUAGUGUGGAGCACCCUAAGUGUGAAUGGAUAUCCGCGGCCGAAGAGCUGGCGAAGAUCGAAAAGCGAGAAACAACAGACGAUAUUGAGGAUCCUACUCCUUAUCUCUAUGACUCUGAUGUAACAGCUUUACGGACUUUCACCCGGGAAUUGGUCGUCCAAUCUAUCAUUCCUCACAUGGAGAGAAUGGCGGCUCAAUGGAACGAGCACAUUGCCUCUCGACGGCGAGGAAUCUCAGGCCGCUUCAUGUCCCUCUCGAAGCGUGCUUGGACUCCCUUCUCAUCCAGCCGCACCUCCUCAUCGCCCACCGCCAGCUCUUCCAGCUCCAAUUAUGACAGCCUCCAAGGUUUCUACCGGCCUGAGGCGCCCGAAGCCCUCAUGCGGAAGCUAGCCGACUUUUCCUUCAUGCUGCGAGACUUCAAGCUCGCGCUGUCUACCUACACACUCCUAAUUACCGACUUCAAUAACGACCAAGCAAUGCUCCACUAUGCCGCUGCCAACGAAAUGGCGGCUCUGUCUGCCCUGAUGAGCACCCAGCCGAUCUCGUCCAAAACCCGCACGGAGAACAUUGACAAUUGGCUCGAGACUGCGCUGUAUAACUAUAACACCCGCUCAUCAUCCCCCUACCACGCCCUCCGCAGCACAGCGCUCGGCCUCGAGCUCCUCCGCCUUCGCGGCUCCUCUGCCGCCGAUGAUGCCGCCCGCUGGGGCCAGCGCAUCAUUGACGCCAACGCUAAGCUCGUCGGAGGAGUGGGUACAGCGCUCUUCCAGGAACGCAUCAGCGCGUGCUACGCCGCCCGCCGGGGCGUCGGCAGCAUGCAGCUUGGGUCGCGGCGGCGGAAAGCAGGCAUGUGGGCUGCGCUGGCUGCGGACGAGUGGAUCAAAUUGGAGAAGCCUAUGCAGGCUGAAAAGAACCUCGAUCGCGCGAAGGCCUUCUAUGCGUCACGCCGGCCUCUGAUCACGACUGCCAAUAUGGACAAGGAAGGGGAGAAAGAGGCCAUCCCCUUGAUGCCGCUCAAGGGGAUGCAAGAGUUCCUAGAUGCGGUAUACAACGAUAUAGUCUACCUGAAGUUCAAAUAUCACAGGCAUGAUGGCGAGGAGCUGGAGAGCGAGGUCGGAGAGGCCGCGGUGGUGGAGGAGGUCAGCGAGACGCUCGACAUCGCACCCCGGAGUCAUCGGAAGAGCCUUAUAGGCGGCGUCGUGCCAGCUGUGCAGAUGGAUGCGGGACCUCUGAGUCCGAUCCGCGCGAAGGGCGAGGAGGUCGGGUUCAAGGACGAUAAUUUCGAGUAGUUUGAUCACUGAUGUGACGAUUUGGACUUGGCAUGGCAUUGGCGCUGGGGUUAGUGUUUCUAUGGCGCUUCGGAGAUGAAGGUAGGGAUAUCUAUAUGGCAGGAGAGGAGUUGAGUUGGCUUCGGCUUUAGCCUCGGCUUCUUUGAUGAUAUCGGAGACGGUGGUUUGGUGGGUGUAUAUAUGACUUUUCCGGUCCUUGAAUGGUAGCUAUGGAAGCUUCUUUUGAUGUCACAUUUCACGUCUCGCCACUCUCUUCUUUCGUGUGAUAUGUACUUCAGAUGUAAGGCCUUGGCUUGCGCACUACUAAUCCACCAUCUACUCUAUGUCCUCUUUCUUUCACAUGUACGGGGCGGAGUAAAAGAAUUUUGACUUGACUUUCCUCCAAAAAAAAAGGAGCAAAACACCAAGUCUUCGGGGGAAUCCUCCGAAAGGACAUCAACAUAUGGAACCCCAUCUCAAAGCCCCCAACCCCAAAUAAAUCGCAAUAUUUUUC